UUUAAUCACCGCGUGGUUGUCCGCCAUUUUGACUUUGUGCUGAAAGCGAGUCGUGCUGAGAAGUUUGUCGCUUUUUCUCGCUGUAAAACGUACUGUUUCAAGUAUUUUUCGACGAAUCUCCCCAAGGACAGAGCGAUAAGGAAUUCAGGCAAACUUCCUUGCGGCGUGCUACAGCGGCAGCAGCAGCGUGUGCGAAGGAUCCACCUUAGCAACCAGGAAGCGCAGCGGCAGUUCGAUAUUGAGAAAGCGCAGCAGUAUACGCAGAACAUUACCAAGCGUCCUAGACACAGCGCAGGCGCAUUUAACAGCAUAGACAUAAGCAAUUUGCUCAGAACUUGAAUUAGACUGAUAACGUAACUAGCCAUGUCUGAUAGCGGUGCUUUAAAAGAAGAACAGCAAACUCCGAGUGAUACCAAUAACAACACUAACGGGUCUAGUGACAGUGGUGGUGGUGGUGCUGAUGAAAACAACAUUUGUCGGGAUUACCAGAGGGGCGUAUGCAACCGAGGUGGCAAGUGCAAAUUCCGACACCCAGAGGGGAUGGGGAUAGAGCUCCAGAGCCCUCCCAUGAUCUGUCGGGAUUACCAGAAUGGCAAGUGCAAUCGUUCAACCUGCAAGUAUAUGCACAUUAGCAAUGAUGACGAGAAGGUGUACCUACGCACCGGGGUGCUGCCCCCAAGGGCGCGGUUCUCAGCCGCCCCCAUGCCUCCUGCACCCAUGAUGCGACCUGCUAUGAGCUAUCCCCACUUUGGUCACCCGACUAGAGCAGGCCGCUCCGAUCCCAUCUGCAAGGAUUUCCUGAAUAACAAGUGCUCAAGGGGGAACCUGUGCAAGUUUCGCCACGCCUUUGAAGAUGACAAAGGCUACGGAGGAGGCUAUGGUGGUCCCAUGGACGACUUCAGUCGUAAGCGCCGACGUGAUUCAUCAGGGGAAGGAGGGGACUACCUCCAACUUAAAGAUGAAAAUGAGAGGCUUCAUCGCCAAGUAGCUGAUCUCCAAAAACAGAUUUCUGAUUUGAAGGCAACCAAUGAGGUCCUUCUAGAGCAAAAUGCACGCUACCGGAACCAGGCCAACUCGGCAAGCAGUAGUUACUACAGUGGCUCCAAGUCUCCAGCCUCCUCAAGCUACCCUCCACGAGAUACCAGCUACAACAGUGGCACAUACUCCAGCAGCGGCGGGGGCGGCGGCAGCAGCAGCUCAUAUGGCGCUGGGGUUGGUGCUUAUAACGCUAACGCUUAUAACAGCGGAUCCGCAAGCUAUACAUCUGGCACUGGUUACACUAAGUUUGAGUAGGAACUUUUCAAGUUUAACAGGCUUUUUCCACAUGAAGUUCACUAGAGCAUAUGUCAGUUCCAAAAGACUUCAUGGUUACUGUGACUUUGAGUACUCUGAAAACUCUCGCCAAAUUUUUAAGAUUCCCAAAAUACAAAGAUUGAUUAGAAUUCUGUCAAUCAAGUUUUGAUUUUUGCCAGAAUAUGUUUUGCACCUUCAUUUUGGUCAAUGUAUUGCAGGGCGAUAGAUUGGUUGGAAGCCAUCAAAUUGUUGACCAAUGAAAACAGUUCAAAGCUUUUGGCUGACAGCAGCCUAAAAGCAUUUUGUGAUUUAGAAUUUAUAUGGGCGAGCUUGCAGAACUUUCCAGAUUCUCAGUAAUGUUGAUGUUGAAAACUUUGAUAAUUUGUACAAAAUGUCAUUCUCCAUGCAUUAUUUUAUACUCUUAUAACAGCUGAAUGAAGCUGUGAUUCCAAGUCUUUAUGGACUUAGAAUAUUUUUUUCAUCAAAGGCCAUGAUAGACAUAUGAGGCUUGCAUCCCAGGACUUCUCUUUCUAUGUAUUUUUGUUUUCUAAGGACUUCUGCAUAUGGGUUGUACACUAUAUCAAAGGGAACUGCCUUUACUGACUGCAUUUUUAAUACAGCAUGUAUAUGUCAGUCUGUCCAUAAAUAACAUUGAUGGCUUGAAUUGAACAGAUAUCAUAAUUUUAUUCCUAUAAAUCCUUCCAGGAUCCUAUCUAUAACAAGUGGAUUCGUGUCUCGUUGAUUUGCUUAAGUACUCAGAACUCAAGAAAGCAAAGUAUAUUAGUUUGAUAGAUGUAUGUUUUGUAAUGUCUGCCCAUUAAGUUUUGGCUUCAUUGUAACACAUUAUAAUAUUGUGACACAUGAACUUACCUAUAAAAAUGAGAUUCUCUG